AUGCCAAUUGAUCAUCUUGCAACGGAGCUUCUGCUCCAUAUAUUUCGUUCAUGCGACUCAGUCUCCGAUGUCUUGAAUCUAUCAUUCAUCUGCCGUCGAUUGCACCGCGUUCUUAACUCAACAAGCAAAUUGUAUAUCUUAGCAAGUGUCGCGGAGACUGAGUAUGGUCCCCUUCACGAUGUCAUUCAAGUGGUGACACAAAAUGAGAGCCAGCCCGCUCAUCACAUCCGACAUGCGCCUAUGUCUGAUUCCCUUCUGAAACAAGUUAUUCAUCUCGGCCAGGUGGCGCGGAAAUGGGAGACGAUUUACCCGUUUAAGAAGUGGAAAAUAGACUUCGAGAAUCGUCGCUCACUCACCGAUGAGGAGCGAUUACGGCUGCGCCGCGCAGUAUACCGAUUAUGGCUGUACCACAGUGCAUUUCACUCUCGUGUUUAUGAUCGCUAUUCUCGUAGCCUUCGCCAUGUGGUGUUGGAGCGCUCCCAGUUGCUCCACAACUGGUCCACCCAAGAGCUGGCCGAAAUUGAGGAUUUGCGCCUCGUUAUGUGUGAUAUUGUGCAGAAUCACAUAUGUCCUAGUAAUGUCACAAUUCAACGCAAAUUCCGCAAGCGUUAUCCAGACAGCAGCCAGCAACUCUCGUUCAAUAUCCAUCUCAAUUACCCUCCACAUUCAACAACUUCUAUGUCUUCGCAUGAUCGCUCCUUUCUUCAGAACGGCCCUGAUACCUCGAUUCAGCAAUACUUUCAUACGGCCCACCCAGGUAAUUAUGCUGAGUCCUCAGCCAAAUACCGGUCUCGAUUUCGCAAUGACCUUUCCCAUGAUCCAGGGUAUGAAGGUUGGGGUGACGAGAUCCCGCAUUACUAUAUUAUACAGGACAUGCUGAAGCUGGAUCCUGGUCAGAUAUUAUGGUUGCGCGACCAUGCUUUGCUGAAGGAACAGGUAGAGGAGUAUGUAUGGUCUCUGGGGGAAUGGUUCCGCAACAACGGUGAAACGUUUGGCGAUACGUUGGAAUAUGUCAUGAAUGAACGUGGUCUCGAGGUUGGAGAAUUUCGAUCUGCAGUGGCUGCUCGUGACAUGGGUAUUAUCCUAAACUAG